AACCCGGGACGUGCUUCUUUGCCUCCUUCCUGUCCUCCUGAAGUGGGUCAGCAUUGAACUGGGGACACUGGUGCUGUUUCCCCCCCUGAGUCUUCCGGCAGAAAUCUUCAAGGAAAUGGAAGAAGAGGAGCUGGUGUGCGGACCCUACAGCGCUGCUCUGGAACAAGUGCUGGGAAGACUCCUGGACGAGAGGUGGCAGCGGGUGCUCUGGAAUCAUCGAGUGUGGCCGUCCCUGGACGUGCCUCAGUGGCACUGCAACGCCGUGCAGCUCCUGACCAGAGUGCUGCUCCGUGCCCAGCUCGUCUCACGUUUGCUGAUAAACAGCUUCAUGCUGUGGCUGCACUCCCCCUCGCAAAACCUGCAACUCACGGCGCUGGCUUUCUUCGCAGAGGUGGUGAAGGACCCGCCAGCUGAGGGGAAGCAUCUCCUGAAGCCCCUGGUGUGGGUCUUCCUGGAGAAGCUGAAGAGUCCGAGCCGUGCUGUGAAGCAGAUGGCAGCGAGAGGCCUGGGCCGUGCUGUCAGUGGCUUGCCCAAGAAGUUUCGAAGGCACAAGAGGAACAUCAUGGAAGCACUGGGGCGUGAAAUGGAGAAGGUGGACUGUCCUGGGGUGGCUGCGGAGAGCAUGUUGGCCCUGGAAGAAAUAUUUGCAAAUCAGACGGCGAAGGGCUCGGGCAUGGCCUUCAAAAGCAUCGCCCGCUCCACCAGGAAGUUCUUCGAUGCCGAGCAAAAGGAGCUUCGUUUUGCGGCCUUCCAUCUCUACGCGGCCCUGGCUGCUGGCGCCAAGGGCGAUCUCACCACGUUCUUCAGAGCAGAAGUGGAGCAGACGUUGGGCAGACUCUUCCUGCACCUCCAGGACCCCAGCUAUGCAGUAUCCACCGCUUGCAAGACAGCCCUCUACAGCUGUGCUCCUUUUGUUGAGCCAAAGGGGCUGCAGGUGGUCGUCAUGAAUUCCAUCGGGUGCAGUGGGGCAGAGCUGCAGCGCGAUGUCUACUCUUACCUGGAGACAGCUGCUCCCGAGCUGCUGAAGAAACUGAAGCACCAGCAGGAGUCACCACAGGAGACGCGCUUCACAGAUGCCACUCUCCACGUCCUUGAAGCCAGCGUGGAGCACCAAGAGAGCACAACGCAUGCUGAAGACAUCCCAGAGCAUGCAGAAGAUCUCUCGGGGGACACAGAAGACAUCCCCGAGCUUGUAGAGGCCUGAAUAAAAGUCCAGAGAGCA